UUAAGGACUGCUCCCCCGCUCCCCAUUAAGGACUGGCACCUUUGGGGGGCAGGGGGGAGCGGGUACCCGAAUUUGACAGGUACCCACUCCCACUUCCGAUCCGAUCGCCUAGGCGAUCGGAAGCGGAAGGUGUCCUCCCUCCCUCUCUGUAGUCUUGUGGGACACGUGACAGGUCCCAGAAGACUACAGGACCAUUCAUGAAGCGCGGCGCUACUCACGCAUGCGCAGUGGGUACCCGGCUGUGACAGUUUGUGGCUUCACAGCCGGUUGCCCACACUGAAGAUGCCGGCCUCCUGGAAUACAGGACGGCCAGUGAAACGGGCUGCAGGGGACACACUACGGGAUCGUGGGACA